CCUCCGCCUCAGUUGGAAGGAGGCGAGGAGCCCGACUCUGACCCGCGUGCUAGACUCCUGGCACGACCUACUUCCCCGGAAUCUGUGUCCAAGUCCUGCGGAGGCUGCAGCCAUGAAGGAGAGACGGGCGCCCCAGCCAGUGGUGGUCAGAUGUAAGCUCGUCCUGGUGGGGGAUGUGCAGUGUGGGAAGACGGCGAUGUUACAGGUGCUAGCGAAGGACUGCUAUCCCGAGACCUAUGUGCCUACCGUGUUUGAGAAUUACGCAGCCUGUUUGGAGACAGAGGAGCAGAGAGUGGAGCUUAGUCUCUGGGAUACCUCAGGGUCUCCUUACUACGACAAUGUCCGUCCACUCUGCUACAGUGACUCAGACGCAGUCUUGCUAUGCUUUGAUAUCAGUCGCCCGGAGACUGUGGAUAGUGCACUCAAGAAGUGGAGAACAGAAAUCCUAGAUUAUUGUCCCAGCACUCGUGUUUUGCUUAUUGGCUGCAAGACUGAUCUGCGAACAGACCUGAGCACUUUAAUGGAGCUGUCCCACCAGAAACAGGCACCCAUCUCCUAUGAGCAGGGCUGUGCAAUAGCCAAGCAGCUGGGUGCAGAAAUCUACCUGGAGGGCUCAGCUUUCACUUCAGAGAAGAGUAUCCACAGCAUCUUCCGGAUGGCAUCCAUGGUGUGUCUGAACAAGCCCAGCUCAGUGCCCCCGAAGAGCCCUGUCCGAAGCCUCUCCAAGAGACUACUCCACCUUCCCAGUCGCUCUGAACUCAUCUCUUCUACCUUCAAGAAGGAAAAGGCCAAAAGCUGUUCCAUUAUGUGAAGUGGGAGUCAGAGGGGGGAAGACAGCCCCCCACUUCCUCCCUUGGGGUGCAGAGGCAUGGGGAGAGGGAGGAUGAGACAGUUUAAGACACUGGACAUGAGAUUUGCAGAUGGCCACAGUGAGUGCUUAGAAGGAGACAAGAAUGGGUUGAAGAAGGAGCCAGGCCUGGCACGAGGACCUGACAUUAAGCAAGAACCAUCACACCCCAAGCCAGGCCCUAGGCUGUAGAGGGGGUGCCCCGGUGUACCCCCCAUUGCAGAGGAAGGAAGGGUGUGGGGGGUUGGGGGCAUGCUGGCCUCAUGGGCUUGGGGGCCUCCAGGAGCCUCCCUCACUUUCAGCAUCAUGCCUCUUCCACGCAGCGUUCCCAUGCAGGCCGGGGGAUGGGAGGGGUCUCUGAUCCCUUCUUUUCCCCUUUAAGAAGUCAUAGAGGACUGGAGAAUGGGAAAGCCCAGAGGCAGCUCGCUUGGGAGCUUAGCCCAGGUGCUUCAUAACUGAACCCAGGAGGGCAGGGGCCUAUCAGAGCUAAUAAGGAAACCUCAUCUUUGCAUAGCCCAUGUGUCAUGGAGAGGUGAUGUCAUACAUUCACAUGCUUCUCACUUAAGUCCCCAGGGUCCAAGGAAGGAGCCCUAGACCCCCUUCUCUUGCAGAAUGUGGGGGUGGUGGUGCUUCAGGGGCAGGACUGGGUGGGGGGGUCACCAGACUUUUCCUGCCCUUAGGGCGGUACAGUUGGCAUUUGUUUUAUAGAUUCUUGUCUUUGGAAUUGGGGGGAGGGGGGAGUGUUUCAAUCUGUUAUAUGUUCUGUGUUUAAAGAAGAAAACCUAUUUAUUAAUGAAAAUAUGACAUAUAUAAAGAA